CUCUCCUGAGAUUCGUUGUGAGUGGCGUCUGGAGGACUGGCAGGUGGCGCUCGUCUCUACUAUGGUGUUUCUUGGUUUCAUGGUUUGUGGCGUUCUCAGUGGAUACGUCGCCGACAGAUACGGACGCUGGAAGGUGGUAUUUGGAGGCUUCGUGUGGAGUGCCUACUUCUCCCUCCUCACCUCCUUCGCGCCUUCGUACGGAUGGUUCAUUUUCCUGCGCAGCAUGGUCGGCUGCGGCGUUGCAGGAGUGUCCCAGGGGUUCGUGUUGAAGACGGAGUUUAUUCCAGCGAAGUAUCGAUCGUACCUGCUCCCUCUGGCCUCCAUCUUUUGGAUGAUAGGCUCCAUGCUCAUCAUCAUCCUGGGGAUGACGGUGGUUCCGACUCUGGGCUGGAGGUGGAUGAUCAGAAUCUCUGUGGCUCCGAGUAUCAUCCUCAUCUUCCUCUUCAAGUUUAUACCAGAAUCAGCUCGUUACAACGUGUCGGCAGGAAACGUCCAGGCCGCCGUUAAAACUCUGCAGUGGAUCGCCAAAAUGAACCGUGUUUCACUUCCUCCAGGACGGCUUGUCGAGGCGGCUGAGGAAGAACGAGGUAGUUGGAGGAUUCUGGUUAGUUCUACUUUCAGGAGAACGUCUUUACUGCUGUGGUAUUCUUGGUUUGUUGCAUCCUUUGCAUACUACGGUUCGGUGCUGAGCAGUUCGGAGCUGUUGGAAAAAAACUUAUUGUGUGUGACGGACGCUGGCCGUGAACAUCAGGUCAAACACCGCCACGAUGACGGAGUGUGUUACUGCAUCCCCUUUGGAUCCAGUGACUACCAGACUCUGCUCAUCAGCUGCUUGGGAGAGGUUGCAUUGAUCCCGUUAAACAUCUGUCUGCUGAAUGUGGUGGGACGGAGGAAGACUCUGACGGUGUUGCAGCUGCUGUCGGCCAUUUUGUUCAUGAUGGUCAACAUCUGCACCACCAUGUUUGGCUUCACAGUGCUGCUGUUCCUGUUGCGUGCUCUGGUCUCUAUGAACUUUAAUGUGAUUUACAUCUACACGGCUGAGGUGUAUCCGACGGUGGCUCGGUCUCUGGGGAUGGGUUUCUGUACGUCGUUCAGUCGAAUUGGAGGAAUGAUUGCGCCGUUUAUGGCUCAGGUGUUGAUGUCUCAGUCGGUGAUUCUGGCACUCAGUCCGUUUGCUGUGACUUGUGUCAUCUGUGCAGCGCUAAACUUUCUGCUGCCGUUUGAAACUAAAGGACGAGCUCUGCUGCAAAACUCUUGAUGACGUCCAAGCGAAAAGUCUGUUACUGUUUGUAAUAUUAUUG